GCAAAUCUAUAAACAUUUUAACACACCCACAGUUUACUUGCAAUGGUCAGACUCAAGUCUUCUGCACUCAAGCACUAUGUUGUCAACUUCGCGGAUCACGCAGGUCGGCCAGCAAAGAUGAUCUGGAGCAACCCGCCAAGAAACAUCCUAAUACCACUGCCAAGCCUAUCUCUCUAUUUCGUCCAUCCAGAAUUUUCUGUAGAUGAUCUGGAAAUGAGGCAAUUCUUAACAGAUAUUCGGAACGGGGAUGGUGAUCCCAUUCGAUUCGAAAUGUUCCAUCUCCCUGGGCCCAGUGAUGCCGACUGCGCCCAGCAUUACCGGGACGAACUCAAGGCUCGCGGCGAUGUAUUUGAGCAGGUUCGAGAGGCUGAAAAGGCUUAUGAACAUUGGGAGGAUAAGGAAAAGGAUGUCCAAUACGCAGCUGAACAAGAGCCCCAUGGCAAGCUCCCUGGCUUUAUUUCAUCACAAAAGGGCGCAUAUCUUGGCUACCAUGGCGUUCUAUACGUGUACAAGGAUCCUGUAUGGAAACACGAAGGCGAAGAGCAAUCCGUUGACGUCGUUGAGUUCGAUCCAGCAUUGACGGCGGAUGACUAUGAUCUUGGUGAACUGGAAAUGAGGGGACCGCAGCCCCCGUUCAAAAUCACACGGAUGUCGGCUAAAAGGAAGUCUAAGGUUUUACGGUAUGAGGAUCAAGGGGUUUGGCUGUGGUUUUUCGACCAUAGGGCUUGGGAUUGGUGGGAUCCAACCACAACUGCCACUAGCCAGGCUCAGCACAUGGGAUGGACGUCAUGGCAGUAA